UUCGUGCUCCAAGAAAACCCGAAAACUUGGUCUUACUUUAGGGUCGAAGCCCAACAACAAUGAAACAAGGGAAAGUACAAGGCAAAAAAAAUUAACUCGGGUCAGAGCAACAAUCGAAUUCUCAUUAUUCUCAUCAUUCUCGUCAUUUUUCACACGAGAAUCAAGCAAAUAUACGCCAAAGCAAAAUGGCCGAUAGUGACGAUGAACCGAUAACACUUUCCUCUCAUGCACUCUCUGCGUUGCAGGAAUUCUACGGCGAGCGAGAUGCACAUGUCGAGAAGUUCGAGAAACUGAAAGUGGUAGCCGAGGAGGAGCAAGUCGACGCCGUGCCCUUAUCUAUGGAGGCCUUCACCGAGGACUGGAACAAGUCACAGUUUUGGUAUUCGGACGAGACAGCUACGCUGUAUGCGAAGCAGCUAUUAGAUGGCGUGACUGAAGACGAGGUCAUCGCCGUAGUCUCGACGCCGAGUGUCUUCGUUGCUUUAAAGAACCUGUUGAACACGGCAGACGCCGCUCAGCCCAAACCAAAACAAGUCUACCUCCUCGAGCAUGACCAACGGUUUGCCAUCUUCUCCGAGUUCAUAUUUUACGACUUCUUGCAGCCUACCAAACUGCCAGCUCACUUGAAAGGCGCCGUCGACCGCAUCAUAUGCGACCCCCCUUUUCUCAGCGAGGACUGUCAGACUAAAACUGCUUUGACUGUACGUUGGAUGUCUCGAACCUUCGCGGGAGCAGGCAGUCAAGGUCAACCCCAUCCUCGACUGAUAGUCACUACCGGAGAACGCAUGGAGCCUCUCAUCACGAAGCUGUACCGGUCACUAGGAGCACGUACGACGACGUAUGAGCCAGUUCAUGCUCACGGGUUGGGCAACGAGUUCUAUUGCUACGCAAACUUCGAGUGUGACGCUUGGAAGUUUAAGGGCAAGGAGGAAAAGGCGGGUCAAGGACAAGGCGCUACAUAGGAUUAAGCACAUUCAAACUGGUCUUAACGUUGGAAUUCAGUUGGCACAUCUUACCCCUUUGUCAAGUCAAAUGCCGAGGCAGGUUUGCUUUCAAAUGGCACAAUUAGCGAGCAAUAUACCUAAACAGACAUUAAGGCAACCAAAUCCGAAAUGAACAAGGCUCAUAAUCAUAUCAGGCAGGUAACUAGCACCUAGGCAGUCAUAAUUG